GGCUGGAGUGCAAUGGUGUGAUCUUGGCUCACUGCAACCUCCACUUCCCAGGUUCAGACCAAGGAAUUCAUCUCGGAGCUGCUGUCCAACCUGUACUCACAUGGGGACCAGAACGCACUGAUGGAGGAGUCAGCAGAGCAGGCACAGUGGGGCGACGAGAUGCUGCGCAUGGACCACAUGCUGACGGAGGUGCUCAGCAUCAUUGGCGACAUCAACACGGCCACUGUCAACACAACCACCGUCAGCACGCCCACGGGGGCCCGUGGAUGCCUCCUGGCUGCAGGUGCAGAGCAUCCUGGCCAGACGCAGGAAGGGCCCAGCCUCACCUAUGUGACCUGCAGUCCCCCAACAAGCUGAGGCUCCCCUCUUAGACUUACAAAUCUAUGGCCAGUGGCAUCUGGUUGCCUGCCCUCCUUGCCUACUCAAGGGUCCUCUCAGAGGUUCCUGGGCUUUCUGAUGGCCCAGAGGGGCCUCCGGCGCUCAAUCCAACCAUCCAUCCCUUUUAGCGUCAUCAUCCUGGUUCAAGCAGUGUUCCUUCCCUAUCAGGCCUGGUGGCUGUUGCUUGGGGCUCCCCAAGGUGAGGGGUGGCCCUGGGCCAGUGGGUUGGAAGACAGGUGACCAAAGAAAAGGGAAGCCUGAGGGGACUGAGCAUUGGUCUGAACUGUGGGUACACUACCUGGAUGCCGUGGGAGAGGCGUAUGUGGGUGUGGAGGGCCGCUGCAGCCCCCAGGCACUACCUGUGAAGCUCCGGCUCUUCCUUCCAUCUUCCUCCCUUUUCCCUUCCAGCCCCUUUUCCAGGAACCUUACUACACACCCGCACCUGCGCCCUCCCCUCCCUGGCCCUCACACAGCUUUUGCAUUGUGCCCAUGCUCUGCGCUUGCCUCACCAGCAAUCUGCUUCCUUUUCUCUCUCCUGUUUUCUCUCUGCUUCUCUCCAACUGCCCGCUGAUUGGGUCAGGCAAGUCCAUCCUGUCCUGAGAGUCCCAGGUCCCGCUUCGACCUCUAAACAGAUCUCUCCUCUUCUCGGAGGCCUCCCUUUCCAAGCCUGCCUGGGUGGGUGUUCUGUGACUUGACAGUGGAUCCCCAGCCCCAAAACCUUCAUCUGUGACUUAGUCUGUUGUAGUGGUGAGCUGACACUUCCAGGUGUGACCGUUGCUGAAAACUUGUGCUCCCUCUGUGGUAUGCCCCUGCCCUGUUCUAUAAAUAG